GUAAAUGCCGUGAAAGAUUUGAUCGAUACCACAGAGGUGAACUCGAAACCUCGAAGUAUCAAAUGUUGCUAGAUGGACAAAUGACACGUUAGCGAGCGUGGAAGCACUAAACGAAACAAUAAAGUUGUCAUUUACAGAACAAAGGAAAGCGACCUACUUCUAGUUGGAUUUCGAUUAACGAAACAAUAAUUGACAGUCGAGCUAAUGGACAGGAAAUGCGAAUAUAUAGACAUCGUUGAUCAUCGAAUAUCGUAUUAGUCGGUUUCCUGACCCAAGAAGCAAGCUCGUAUAAAAUCUUGCUGACUUCUACGACUGUAAACAACAACGGAAGCGCGUAAAAGCGAGGUUAUGGGUAAGUGAAUUGUAAAGUACUUGUGGAGUUGUUUGAAAAUAUCUUACACGAGUCUUCGACCUUUGUGUAGUACAUGCUAUCAGAUUAGACUUGGAGAGUUAGUAAACACGUUACCAAUAAUGGCAAAUCUAGAGAGAUGUAUAUCUAACAGUGGCCGCUGAAUUGCUUUGUAUCUGUUUUUCCCGGCUGUGACACUUUAAACUGAUGUGUCUCUGUCGCGCGAGGGUUUCAAAACAUAUCGUGGUCGCACGAUGGCGUAUCUGAACACGUUUCAGCUUCCUCAUUGAAACGGGCCCAAAAAUUAGCUAUUUGAUAAAGUAACUUGCUACUGUUUCUAUAAACAGACAGCGAACAGAUGCUUUUAAACGUGCGUUGAUAAAGGUGCUUGUUUAAGAUUAAACACUUUGCUCUCUUAAACUGUUAAUACGAGUUGUUCUGUAAACGAAACAGCUUCCUAUGUCCUAUCGAACUUGCGGACUUUAGUGUCUCCAGGAGCCAUUUUCUCUUUUAUUAAUAAGCUACACUUUUUUUGUUCUUUCAGCGACUGAGAAGUUCGAUCUUCUCAAGGUGCCCCCGAACAAGCGAUUAUGCGGCGGUUGUGGAAGUCCUAUAAAUGACCGCUUUCUUCUCAAGGCACUCGAUCGCUUCUGGCACGAAGACUGCUUAAAAUGUGGUUGCUGUGAAUGUCGUUUAGGCGAAGUAGGUUCUACGUUGUACACGAAAGCAAAUCUAAUCCUUUGUCGAAGGGAUUAUUUGAGGUUAGUAUUGUCAAAUGUGCUUUCACAGCUUUAUGUUUGUUCUAGAGAUUUGAGAUAUUUAACUCUGUCUUCCUUUCAAUCACAGACUCAUAUAUUUAGUUUUUAUUUUAUUUGGCUAACGAUGACAGAUUCUUUAAAAAUUCUCGUAGGAACUUCCAAUUAAUUACUUUUGCGUGCAAAUAGAAAUUUCUCAUUUUAGAAGCGUUUGAUGAAAGCUUUAAAAAAAUUAAAAUAACCUUUUUACGCCAUCACGCUUAAGUGCAAUUUUUACACAUUAAUAAAUCUGCCUGCCCAGGCUGUCAGGAAAUAUAAUCUCUUUUUAUAGUACUUCCUUCCACUGUGUCAUUUUCGUAGAAUAUUGCAAAGCCUUUUAAGCAAGGAGCUGUAAAAAAUAAUCAUCAAUUUACAGGUAGUCCCAUUAAGAAUGCUUUUUGGCAAUGGCAACUUGAUGGCAAUUAGCGACUCCUGAAAAGUUUCUAAUGAUAAAUUAUUGAUUGGCAAAAGACAAAAUGACUGGGAUGAGCUUUUUUUAAACUUUAAUUUCGCUAUCAUUUUCAAGGGAGAGUAAACUCUUUUUAAUUUCGUCGAGUUACUGGCUUCGUAAAAUAGAUUUUAAACUCAUGAAAAGUUUCUAAAAAUCAAUUAUUGAUUAACACGAGCAGUCUCUUUCUGAUGAGGCGAGUCAACACUUGGCUGAAUUCGUAGAGUAGAACUUUGUGGAAGAAACUCAUUUUAGUAUCGACCAUCGCUAAGAAAGCUAACUGCUGCAGAGCAGAACUAUGUUCGGCGUGCAAUAUUUUCUAAGCGGAAAUUGUAGAACGUUUUCAAAUUUAUAUACCCCAGCUCUGUAAGAACAGGAGAUAUUACCAUUAGAGAAGUCUCUAAUCAGCUUUGACCUUAUGCACCUCCGGAUGUAAUCAAGCAUGCACUUGGAUGGAGUAAAGAUGAUUUUGUCAAUUGUGUGUUUAUAUUUUGUCCUCUUUUAGAUUGUUCGGAACAAAAGGUUUUUGCACGGUCUGCUGCAAGACAAUUCCGGCGUUUGAAAUGGUGAUGCGAGCUCGAGAAAACGUCUAUCACCUGGAGUGUUUCUCUUGCCAGCGAUGUCAUCAGAGAUUCUGUGUUGGGGACAAGUUUUAUUUGUUCAACAACCGAAUCCUUUGCGUCAAUGAUUACGAAGAGAUGAUGUCUUAUGGAAAACCAGAUACUAAAAGAUUUAUUGUCUAGUUAAACGGAGUAUCCCCACUACGAAAUUAAUUAGAGGACGACACCAGGUCACGACACUACAUACAUCAUGCUCCCACGCCCCUCUUCGAAGACCCAUACUUCGAAUUUCUUUCGUUUUUUUUCGCUCUUUUUUCAACGUCGUCUCUAACAGGAACGGCUUUGCUUUGGCUCCUGAAUGAUUUCUGAUGGUCUCUGCACUGUAGUGGUUUUCCAAUCCAAAGUUCAUGGUGGAUUUCAAGACAUGUUGUAACAUACAACAAGCAAGCAGGGAACAAAACGUUGGGGCUCUUUCUUUUUAACAAAUGUCGUUGACUACUUUGCCCAGCAAGCUUAGUUACUCCAAAAAAGGUCUAACCAACCGCCUAGCACUGACUGCAUAGCAGACUGUCCCACAGGAAUGUACUACUAUUUGAGUAGGACAUCGUCCACGACCAUCCUUUCUUUGUAUUAAGUUAAACAUAACCACUUUUUCACGACGUCACUGGUGACGUAAAUCAAGUGAAAAGGCUUCUUAAAAACUUCUAAUUACCAUUUUCGUUAAACUCGGUGAAAAGGUUUGCAUUAGAUACUGAGCUAAGAUUAUUUUUUUUUCCGCUGAAUCU